AUGAUAUAAAAGAAGCGUUUACAUCAAUCGAUGUUUGGAGCAUUAAUGACGGUAUUAAUGUUUGGUUGCAUAAUAACAUAUAUUGUUAACAAAUUUGUAUAAUUAGGAAGGAGAAAAGAAUUCCAAACUCUCUAUUCAGAAGUUUAUUAUGAAGAGAUACCUAUUUAUCCAUUAGUUUCUGAUAAUUUCACUCUAUAAUUUGCUUUUCAAAAUGAUAAUUAGAAAAACUACAUAGAUGAGUCAGUUUAUCAAGUCAAUGCCUUUAUGGUUAAUAGAGUUUAAAGAAUGUAAGAUUUAAUUUUGAUAGCAGAGUCGAUAAUAAAACAAUUUAAAAUUUAACAAAAACAUAGAUUCCACUUAACAAAUGUGCUAAGAUUGGAAUAACUUUCGAGGAAAUUGAAGAGUAGUUAGACAAUGUGGAUUUUAGUAAUACUUAUUGUAUAGAUUGGGAAAAAAUAUCAGAGUUAAGUUUGACUGGUACUCCUGAUUAAAAUAACUAUACUUAUUUAUACGUAAAUUUUAAAUUAUGUGUUAAUGAUACAAACAAUAGUAGUUAUUAUUAUCUAAAUAGGUGAGAGUAUAAUAUGUAAGUCAAAAGAAUAAAUUUAAGAAAAAUUAAGGAGAAAUUAUAUCUAAUUUUAGAUAUCAUCAUAUAAUAUUGAUCUAAGGAAUUAUCAAUAACCAAAUGUUCCAAAGGUUGAAGAAGUAUAAACCACAAUUUCAAGUUAAGUGAUGAAAGACAUUACUUUGUUUAUGUAACCAAUUACAACAUUGACUGAGGAAGGAUUAUUAGAUGAAUUGGUUCGAAAAGAUUCUACUAUAAGGUAUUAAAAAAGUUAAGAGAUCAUUGAUUUUAAUAGUGAUGAAUCUCUUGCAACAGUUAUGAUUAGAUUAUCAAAUACUGAGAAUAUUAGUUAUAGAAUUUAUCCUAAAUUAUAAGAUAUCUUAGCUUAAGCAGGAGGUUUAUGGGAAUUAUUAAUGCUUGCAUUUUCAAUAAUUGUAAGACCAUUUUCUUAAAUGGCAUUCAAAAUGGAAAUAAUAAAUAGUUUAUUCAAUUUUGAGGGUUAAAAAUAAACAGAUUAAGAAGAAAAUCAAAACAAAAAUAAGUCUUUUGAGAAAUUUAAUGGUGGCUAAGAAAAUAUUUAAACUAAUGAAAAUGAUGUUUCAAUAAUGUUAAACUAAGUAAAAUCAAAAACAAGUUCACGAUUUCCAAGAGGGAGAAUCAAGGCAAAAACAUAAAAAGCAGAUACAAUUAAUUGCGUUCAGACUGAAAAAUCUUCUUAAAAUUUUACCAAUUCUCCAGAACAUGAUAAAAUGUUAUAAAAAGGAAUUAAUUCUGCUUUUAGAAAAUUUUUUAAUGUUGCAACCUUAAAACUACAAUUUGGUCCAUUUGAUUAUUUGAAGUAUUUGAAGUGUGGGUAAUAAUAUAUCCUUAUUAUAUCAGAAAGAAAGAAGGGAAGUACAAAUAAUUAAAUUAUUCAGUCUCAAAAUUAGAGAAGUGUCUUGAUAUACUAUUUAUUAUUGACAAGUUAUAAGAAAUAGACAAAUUAAAAAUGAUCUUACUUUCAAAAGAAUAAGUUUAAUUGUUUGAGUUUCUUCCUAAACCUUUAAUCAGUCUUGAUCCUACAAAUCAUUAAUAAGGUGAAAAUCAGCAGUAUUCUUCUUUACUAAAGCCUUUUAAAGGAUUAAAAGAGAAAUCUGUAGAAGCCCAAUAAGUUUUGGAUUAAUUGCUAGAGAAUUUGGAUGAUCCUAUUACUAAUAAACUAAUCUCUUUGAUGGAUCCAAACUUAAUAAAACUUUUAUAAAUAUAACAUGAGUUUAAAAAAAAAUAAUCACCAUAAAUAUUGGUUAAUGAUUUUGUUGAAUAAUGA